AUGUACCUCUCUCCUGAGGUUGAACAACAUAGUGAGAAGAAUGAUGAUUCCUCCAGUUCUGAGAAGGACAUGGCUGCUAAAGGUUUGUGCUCCCUAGGGCAAACUGUGUCUGGUAAAGGAAAAUUUGUGGCAUCUAAAACUGCCAAUGCUUCCCAUUCUGAGAAGCAUGAUGUUGCAAACGAUGCGAUUGACCUAGAGGACGAUAGGUCUGAUGAUCAAGAGGAUAACUUACUUCAUCACUUAAAGUCAAGUGUGGCUAAGCGUAUGAAGAACAGAAAAGGAAGAUUUGUGGCUGAACUGAUGUCAGCUAGAACAACUAAGAAGGUUGCUGGUGUUGGUCCUUCAAAAUCUUGGAGCAAGGUUGAAGUGAAGAAGAGGAUGGUUAGAGAAGUUUCUGAGUAUGAAGAGGAUGUCGAGGAAGAUGUCCCUGACAUCUCUCCUGUGAAGAAGACCCCUGUGAAGAAGUCCCAUGUGAAAGUUGUUGCUGUGCAUUUGGAUAAUAUUUCUUUCCAUCUUGAGGAUGGAGCUGCCAAAUGGAAAUUUGUGAUUCAAAGAAGGGUGGUUGUGGAAAGGGAGUUAGGAAAGGAUGAUGUUGAAGUCAAGGAGGUCAUGGAACUGAUAAAGACUGUUGGGUUAAUGAAGACUAUGUUUGGGUUCUCUCAGUGCUAUGAGGGUUUAGUUAAGGAAUUCAUUGUCAACAUUCCUGAGGAUAUUGCUGAUAAGAACAGCAAGGAAUUUUGCAAAGUGUUUGUGACAGUUAAGCUGCCUAUUGCCUUUCCCUCUAUGAUUUGUGGGAUUAUCCUGAAUCAACACCCUGGUAUUCUGAGUUCUAAUGACUUACCAAGUAGAAGAAAACCUGCUUUGUCAAUGCAUUAUAAAUCGUUUGAAGGCAGUCAUGUCGAAGUCAUUGUCAUGACAUCUGCUAUGAAAAAGCCAACCUCAAAAGUUGGAACUAUUGCUGAGCUGAAUGAGACUUGUAAAGAGCUGGGUGAAGGGAUAAGGGUAGCAACAGCUAGGAAAGAAUCCAUAGGCCAAGCACUAGGAGGUCACAAGACUUGUCAUCGCUCCAACAAGCAACAGAUACAUGAUGAUAAGGCUCACAAAACUAUCAAGAUCACUUUCUUUUUAUCUUCUUCUCCAAUUUAUCCUAAUAAUCAUGAUGCCAAACUGAAAAGACAUUCAUGGACUAGGGUUUUCAAAGGUACCGUUCAUCAUCCACCUGCUGCAUUGAAACCUCUUCAACAAGAAGAGUUACCAGCUGUUGACUUGGUAAGUUUGCUGCCACCAAGAUCGUAUAAUACAAAGAAAAAGAGCCGGAGAUAUCUUAUUCAUGAUGGAGUUUCUAAUAAUACUGCUCCAAUACCGUUGUUGGAUAUGUCUCGCGAAGUUGCGAAUCUUGAUUUGAAUCGUUCUGAGUAUAAGAGGAUGAAAAUUUCAAGCAAUGGGAAUGAAACUGAGAUGACGCAGAAACCAUUUGUGCCGCUAACAAGUGAUGGUAUUGAUGAAACAGUGGGGAAGGAGGAGAAGAACUUGAGCGAAGGUGAAACAGCGGAGUCAAGAGUUGUUGGAAACUUUGAUUUGAACGAGCUCCAGAUGCAUGAUGUUGAAACAGGCGUGUCAAGAGUCGUUCGAGACUUUGAUUUGAACGAGCUCCCGACUAAUGAUAUUGAAAAAGAAUGA